GCCUCACAGCCUUCUUCCCGGCUGGUUCUCUCUACCCAGUGAGGCCCCAGAAUUCACAUCGUUCCUGGGCCUGGGUCCCUGUCCUUAGCGUCCAGCGUCCCUUCUCUGCAGAUUUCCAGAGUACGGGGGGCCUAGGCAGAGCCCUCUCCUUGUGCCUUCUUGCCUCCUUUGGCUGAAUUCCUCGUCAUCAUCUGGGUGGGGGUUGGGGGUGGGCAGAGCAUCUUGGGUCUGAUUAGGUUCUUAUGGGGAGAGCUCAGUAGAGAUGUGCAAGAACGUAUUUAUGCGCAACUCUGUUUAUUUGUUUGAUUGAAAUUUAUACAAGUCACAGAUAAGAAUCGUGGCUAGUCUGUGUGUGUCUUAGAAGAGAUGGAAUUGUGGGCAGGUUUUUAAACAGAACCAAGCCCUUCCCCCCACCCCCAGGAAGACACAGAGCAGCCCAAGUAUUGGAGCCAAGAAGGUCUGUUGGGUAGGUCAUAAAAUCCAGCUCAUGAGAUCUCCUUGGCAAGGAAACAUUGAACUGCGGAGUUUCACAAAGUCACUUGCUGAAAACUGAAGUGUCCCAAGAAGUUUAGAGCAGAUGUAGGAUUAGACAGACUUGGAGAAAGAUGUUCCGGCAGGAGACUGAAACUGACAACUUUGCAGGCUAACCUGGACUGCUUCUUAUUAGUGAAAAGGAGAUUGUUGGUGGGCUGCAGGCUCCAGUUCCAACACCGUCUUCUGAGAUGAUGCCGGUUCCCAGAAUGCCCUUGAGGCUGCUCCUGCUGCUGCCUCUCUUGAGUUCUGCACAAGCUCAGGUUAAUCCAGCUAUAUGCCGCUAUCCUCUGGGCAUGUCAGGAGGCCACAUUCCAGAUGAAGACAUCACAGCUUCCAGUCAGUGGUCAGAGUCCACAGCUGCCAGAUACGGAAGACUGGACUCCGAAGAAGGGGAUGGAGCCUGGUGCCCAGAGAUCCCAGUGGAGCCUGAUGACCUGAAGGAAUUUUUGCAGAUCGACUUGCACACUCUGCACUUUAUCACUCUUGUGGGGACCCAGGGGCGCCAUGCUGGGGGGCAUGGCAUUGAGUUUGCUCCCAUGUACAAGAUCAAUUACAGUCGGGAUGGUACUCGCUGGAUCUCAUGGCGGAAUCGACAUGGGAAACAGGUGCUGGAUGGAAAUAGUAACCCCUAUGAUAUUUGCCUGAAGGACUUGGAGCCACCCAUUGUGGCCAGAUUUGUUCGCUUCAUUCCCGUCACUGACCACUCCAUGAACGUGUGCAUGAGAGUGGAGCUUUAUGGCUGUGUUUGGCUAGAUGGCUUGGUGUCUUACAAUGCUCCAGCUGGGCAGCAGUUUGUACUCCCAGGAGGAUCUAUAAUUUAUCUGAAUGAUUCUGUCUAUGACGGAGCUGUUGGGUACAGCAUGACUGAAGGACUGGGCCAGUUGACAGAUGGGGUGUCUGGCCUGGACGAUUUUACUCAGACCCAUGAAUACCAUGUGUGGCCUGGCUAUGACUAUGUGGGCUGGAGAAAUGAAAGUGCCACCAAUGGCUACAUCGAGAUCAUGUUUGAAUUUGACCGUAUCAGGAAUUUCACUACCAUGAAGGUCCACUGCAACAACAUGUUUGCUAAAGGAGUGAAGAUCUUUAAGGAAGUACAGUGCUACUUCCGCUCUGAAGCCAAUGAGUGGGAACCUAAUGCUGUCUCCUUCCCUCUUGUCCUGGAUGACGUCAACCCCAGUGCUCGAUUUGUCACAGUGCCACUGCACCACCGAAUGGCCAGUGCCAUCAAGUGCCAAUACCAUUUUGCUGAUACCUGGAUGAUGUUCAGUGAGAUCACCUUCCAAUCUGAUGCUGCAAUGUACAACAACUCUGGAGCCCUAUCCCCUUCUCCCAUGGCACCCACAACCUAUGAUCCAAUGCUGAAAGUGGAUGACAGUAACACUCGGAUUCUGAUCGGCUGCUUGGUGGCCAUCAUCUUCAUCCUCCUGGCCAUCAUUGUCAUCAUCCUCUGGAGGCAGUUCUGGCAGAAAAUGCUGGAGAAGGCUUCACGGAGGAUGCUGGAUGACGAAAUGACAGUCAGCCUUUCCCUCCCCAGCGAGUCCAGCAUGUUCAACAACAACCGCUCCUCGUCACCAAGUGAGCAAGAGUCCAACUCAACUUAUGAUCGCAUCUUUCCCCUUCGUCCUGACUACCAGGAGCCAUCCAGGUUGAUACGGAAGCUCCCAGAAUUUGCUCCAGGGGAGGAGGAGUCAGGCUGCAGCAGUGUUGUGAAACCCGUGCAGCCCAGUGGACCCGAGGGCGUGCCCCACUACGCAGAGGCUGACAUAGUGAACCUCCAGGGGGUGACCGGAGGCAACACCUACUCUGUGCCUGCCGUCACCAUGGACCUGCUGUCGGGAAAAGAUGUGGCUGUGGAAGAGUUCCCCAGGAAACUCCUAACUUUCAAGGAGAAGCUGGGAGAAGGCCAGUUUGGGGAGGUCCAUCUCUGUGAAGUGGAGGGAAUGGAAAAAUUCAAAGACAAAGAUUUUGCCCUUGAUGUCAGCACCAACCAGCCUGUCCUGGUGGCCGUGAAAAUGCUCCGAGCAGAUGCCAACAAGAAUGCCAGGAAUGAUUUUCUUAAGGAAAUAAAGAUCAUGUCCCGCCUCAAGGACCCAAACAUCAUUAGGCUCUUAGCAGUGUGUAUCACUGACGACCCUCUGUGCAUGAUCACCGAGUACAUGGAGAAUGGAGAUCUCAAUCAAUUCCUUUCCCGUCAUGAGCCCCCCAGUUCUUCCGCUGGCAACGUCCCCACUGUCAGUUACACCAACCUGAAGUUUAUGGCUACCCAGAUUGCCUCUGGCAUGAAGUAUCUUUCCUCUCUUAACUUUGUCCACCGAGAUCUGGCCACGCGAAACUGCUUAGUAGGGAAGAACUACACCAUCAAGAUAGCUGAUUUUGGCAUGAGCAGAAACCUGUACAGUGGGGACUACUACCGGAUCCAGGGCCGAGCAGUGCUCCCCAUCCGCUGGAUGUCUUGGGAGAGCAUCUUGCUGGGCAAAUUCACCACAGCAAGUGAUGUGUGGGCCUUUGGGGUGACUCUGUGGGAAACUUUCACCUUUUGCCAGGAGCAGCCCUAUUCCCAACUGUCAGAUGAACAGGUUAUUGAGAAUACUGGAGAGUUCUUCCGAGACCAAGGGAGGCAGACUUACCUCCCUCAACCAGCCAUUUGCCCUGACUCUGUGUAUAAGCUGAUGCUCAGCUGCUGGAGAAGAGAUACCAAGCAGCGUCCCUCGUUCCAAGAAAUCCACCUUCUGCUCCUCCAACAAGGAGACGAGUGAAGCUGUCUGUGCCUGGCAACAUUCCGAAGGCCCAGGUCUUCCCACAAGACCGACCACUCACCCACGCUAAGCCACUUCAUCCGGACAUUUAGUGGACCUGAGGGACAGAGGCUGGUUUGCUUUGUUCUCUCUCUGUCCCUCAUCUCCCCCACUCCCUCCCUUUACUCAUAUAUAUAUAUGUAUGUAUAUAUAUAUACAUAUAUAUACACAUUUUUUACAUUAAAGAACUAAAAAUGAAAAAAAAAGCCUAGGGCAUAUAAAAUAUAGUAAAGAAAUCUUACUUGAUAUUACCAAAGUGUUGGAUAACAAAGGCUAGAAAUUUCAGAUAAUUUAUAAAGGUGAAAUAUGCUUGUGUUUAUUAAUGUGCAAAUUCUACAAUAUUUUUUCUAUGCAGCCUUCUAAAAAUAUCUUCAGAAAGAAAAACUUGAAUAAUAGUAAUAUCUUGGGAAACGUGGGAUUAGGCCUUGGGAAAACACUUUAUAGGUGUGGAAAAUCUGAGAACAUGGUGCACAACAACUCAUUACAGAUGCACGAUCCAUCAUUCUUUGUAUUUCCCUCUCCUGUCAAUGUGGAUAACCAUUGUUGAAAACUCAGUUUCUUGGAAUGAAUGUUUUGUUAAUUUAUGGACAAGGGUCAUGGUUGAAGUCUGUAUAUGAAAUGAUGGGAUGUGGAUGGGAGAGAUGGUAUGUUGCAAGGCCUUGUGAAGGAAAUUGUCAUUUACGGCAAUAGACAAACAAAGAGGACCUCAUUCAUGGAAGGAUUCUUGAAUAGAUAAUGGACACAGGAAAGAUAGUUUAAGGAAGACAGUUAACAGGUGGGCUUUUCAUUAUUUAUUUGUGAUUUUUGCAGACAGUUCUCUUCUUUGUCUGGUCAGACAUUUCCAUAUGUGUGUGCAUGUGUGUUGCAAGUGAGAACCUGAUUUUUAAAAUUAGCAGACACUGUGUUUUGAUUUCUGUAUGCUAACCCCUUUGGUUCAUCUUGACCAAAUCUUUUAGCUAUUCCAGUUAAUGAGGACUCAAUAGGACCCAUGGACUGGGGGCUGAGUUACUCAGCCAUAAGUUUCUAGAGACCAUGUGUAACAGGGUAUGUCCAAGAAGUUGAGUUAGGACCAAUAAGGGGAAGUUACAGGGAACCUGAUUUCCACCACUUAUUAGGGGAAACACAGCUAGAGUUAGAACAUAUAAGGAUGAAUGCAAGGGAAGUCAUCAGUCAUUGAAGAUUCUGUUCAAAUACAGGUUACAGCAUAUGCAUGAAAAGUGGAGGUUUUAAAACACAAGGCAGAGGGUUGUAUGAGAUGAUAUUUCAUGCCCUUCUAGAGAGAUGCGGAGUGAACAUCCCCUGCCACUGCUUAGCAUACAUGCUUCUGCCUCCAAGAGGGUGAGACCAGCAGAAAAGAAGGCAUUUGGCUCUGGUCUCAGAAUUCAUGGAGGCCGAUACCCUGUUAAGUGGGAGUCCCCUCAGAGUGGAUUCUGAGCUGUCACAUUUCAGAAAUUCUUAGGUUCUCUGGAAAGCAGCAAAGGAGGAAAGGAAACCCGACACUCCGUUGAGAGGAAACAAGAAAAGAUGACAGAAGCAGCUUCCCAUGCUGAGAGGACAUGUUCUUGACCCUGUGGGUCUCCUGUUGCCCUCACCACCCUACCUUCCACGAAGUCUCUCCACUUGGGUGUUUCCCCUGUUCAGCCUCAGUGCUCCAGGCCACUCCAUAAGCCUCAAUCCCAAGCCCUCCAAAGCCAUUUUUCAGGUCAUCUUCUGACCAUAGCCAGAGCCCUGUCCCCAUGGUUAUCCCAUGACUUGGCUCUUAUUCUCUCCCAGCACUAACUUUGGAGAGAUUAUUGUAUUGAGUCUGGAGAGCAUUGAUUUGGGAACUUUGAUCUUUCUCCCCCACACCAAAUGUGUAAACUUGGACAAAUCAAUGUCUCCAAAUUUUGUUUCCUUAUCUUUAAAGUGAGGGAAUGGGAAUAAAUUUUCUUGAAAUCUCUUCCAGUUCUGUUAGGUCCAGUGUUUGCAGUGUUUGGAUCAAUAACUGCUGCAGAUUCAGGAAUCUAGUUACCACCUGUGAGAAGUCACUGUAAUAAUAGCCAUAGUAACACAUGUUAUCCUUAUAGUGCCUUAAAGCUUACCAAGUGUUUCCAAUAUACAUUAUCUUGUUUGAUGUUUGCAAGUCCAGGCAUGUCCUCUUGUGCUUUGGGACCUGCACACUCUGAUUUCAAAGUGUUAACUUCAUUAGAAGUAAAGAGACAUGAAAUCAGGAUGCACAGCCAAUUCCCCAGAUCCAUGUGCAUCUGGUAGGACUAUGCCCAGACAGUGCCAUGGCUUUUUAUGCAGCAUGAGAAAAUAAUACAAUUUCCCCUUCCUUAUUACCCCAAUUCACUGUAUUACCUACUUAUUACGUUAUUGCCCGAUUCACCGUAUUCCAUGAUUCUGUAAAAAUCACGUCUAAAGUGAAAUAAUCAGGAUUUCCUUGUUUCAGGUGGCUGCCAAAUAGGCAUUCUCACAUACAGAAAUCUGUGUGUGGGAUAAGGAAGACUACCCACUGUAACUGAGGCCUUUGUGUUAGCAACACAGGCAUGACCUCUAGCCUGGUCAUACUCACGGGUCUUAGCACAAAUUGAAGGGAUACAGUGAAGUCUUAGUCUAUAGAAUUAAAAAGCAGUGCAAAUCUGAACGAGAGGAAUGAAACUAGGGUAUAUUUGGAAAAGGAGACAGGAAAAAUGAUGAGAAACUGUGGGGCAGUUUUGCAGUAAGGUAUCUCCUCCAUGGGAUAGGCAAACUGUUUUAUGGCCAGGCUAUGUUUUUGACCUGCCACAUCUAAAAUUAUUAUAAUUAUCUGGUUAAAUGCUGAUAGCCAUGUCCAAAUCUUCCUGUGUGGUUCACACACACACAUGAUCUAAAAAGAUCUGGAGUAGAAAGAAGCACCCGAAGAGAAAAUGUGGUUUUAAAAUGGCAAAAAGAUCCUUUGUGAAUGUAUAAGGCUGUGUAACAGGGUGGAUUGUAUGUAAGUGGGGUGAACAAUGGGUAUGUGAAUGUGCAGGGACUGAACAGGGAGGAAGGUGAGGGCUAGAAAGGAGAAUACAGAGAGGCAGUGAGGAGUUCUCAGGAAAGACACAGCGAAGAGUCAGGUUAAGCAAAUAAGAAACAAAGGUAGCUGGAGCGGUUGGGAAUCUAGUCAGAGCAGAAAACAAGUCCUUCUGCAGGGAGAUAUGAGAGAGAGAACAGAAGGAUAGACGAUAUGGAUGGAGAAAGAAGAAAUUCUGCAUAAAGGGAUGACAAAGAUUUAUUAAAAACGAAAAGUCAAGUGCAACGUAUGAAAAGGAAGGCGGUUUUUUUGAGUUUUGAGAAAGGAGAUGUCCUUUGUGGAUAUAAAAACACAUAAACAGCCACCAGGGAAUGACCCUUUCAUUUCAGAGGAAGUGGGCAAGGGUGGCAGUUUGAACACCUGUGGAUUCCAGACAAGUUCCAAUGCUGCUGAGAAGAAUCCAAAUCAUUGCCUGAACUGGACUUGGUUUUCUAAGUGCUGCUUGGGAAAUGAAAACCUAGAAAGGGGAAAGGGAGAAUUUAUGGGAUUUCAUAAAUCUCUGUGUUCAUUUCGCUUUCCUCUUGUGAGUGAAAUCCAUGUUCACUCAUGCCUUUCUCUGCUAUGCCCAGAACAGCUACAGGCAAACAUGGGAACAGAAGAGAUAAGUUAGAGAAGGUGAAAUCUUGUGUAAAAUUUGCACACAAAGAAGUAGGUGUCAUGUUGGAAACAUGUGUUUUCCUAGUCUCAUCCAGGCUUCCCACAAGAAAGCCAUGAUGUGGGGUAGACCAUGUAUUUUAAGUAAAGGAGAACAGAAGGGGAGUGUCUGAAGGAGGGAAGGAGAUGAAGAUGUUAUAAGAAAAUAUACUAAAACAGAAUAGCAUCUGUUUUGCCCAAAAAUAAUAAAAAGAAAAAAAAAGAAAGAAAAGGAAUGUACAGUAUGAGUAUAUGGCUAUUAAGUCUUUGAUCCUCAGUUGAGUUCUAGACCUGGAAUUUACCAUUUUAGACUUUUAUUUCCAGUAAGCAUGCACAUGGUAGGUCUCUAUUGCUUCUGGAAGAUGUAGAUCCUGGGAAAUGCCUCUGAAUUGAAAUGUAACAUUUUUAUAGAAAUGGAUGAAUGCUUUUUCCACUUGUUAAAUGUUUUGAAAUGCUGAAUUGAGAAAUAGACUGCAGAGGUUAGUGGUGAUUUGAUUUCUGCAUGCAUUCUCAGAUACCAUUAGCUUCACGGCUUUGUGACAGAAGGGGUGAGUAAUUGUUUGGUUGCCAAACCUUUUUAAACAUUUAGCUAUUUUGAAAUAAUUUAAGGCUCACAAGAAGUUGCAAAAAUAGCACAGAGCAGCCUUACCCUAGAUUCAAAUUUCCUCAUUAACAAUACUAUACCUAGUCGAUUUUCAAAAUCAGAAAAUUGACCAUGGCAUAAUACUGUUAACUGAACUACAGACUUUAUGGGGAAUCCCACUAGUUUUGCCCAACAUGUACUCAUGUGCUAGAUACUUUCAACCCUUACUGAUUUGUAACCUGGUCUUGGUUGGAUGCAGCUGAGAGACAGUAUCUGCAAUUCUACAAGAUUCAAGAGAAUAUAAGAAAUUAAUCUGUUCCUUUCUUAAUGAGCAAUAUAUUGCCUACACUGUUUCUAAAUUUUUUAAUUAGUUUGGCUCUUUGACAUCUGAAAAGGUCCAGGGAUCAUGUAGAAGGAUUAGGCUACACAAAAAAAUGGUAAGACCUGUCCAUGACUUGUUGUCUAGAGAACUAAGUAUAGAACAUAGGUGGUUCUUGAAGUUCCAACAAGUGAUUGCGAUUGCAGUGGGGACAAGCAGAGAACUGUAGGAUAAAUCAGUAUUUUGGUCAGGAGUUAGGUAGCAAUCACUGGCACCAAGCAGAGCUUAUGGAAGGAAUAUAAUACAACAGUAUGGAUUCUUAAUGUGUGAUAAAACAUUGUUUUCCGAGAAGUUUCCUUUGCCCAAAUAUCUAUUCUUGAAUAGAAUAACAACCACAUAGGAUGAAACUGAAUGAAAACACAACCUGGGGAAAAGCUGAAAGUCUGGUUUUGUGAAUUACAGCAUUGUGUUUUUUUUGUGUUUUUUUUUUUUGUUUGUUUGUUUGUUUUUUGUCAGGCAGAGUGGAUAGUGAGAGAGAGAGACAGAGAGAAAGGUCUUCCUUUUUUGCCGUUGGUUCACCCUCCAAUGGCCGCUGCGGCCAGCGCAUGGUGCUGAUCUGAAGCCAGGAGCCAGGUGCUUCUCCUGGUCUCCCAUGCGGGUCCAGGGCCCAAGCACUUGGGCCAUCCUCCACUGCCUUCCCGGGCAAUAGCAGAGAGCUGGCCUGGAAGAGGGGCAACCGGGAUAGAAUCUGGUGUGCCGGCGCCGCAAGGCGGAGGAUUAGCCUGUUAAGCCACGGCCAAUUACAGCAUUGUGUUUUAUAACAUUAUUAAGCUUAAUAUUUAAGGAUCACAAGAUUGUAACAGUGUGUGUCUCAUAAAGUUCCUAGCACAUAGUGAGCACUCAAUAAAUAUUUACUGCAUGUCAUUUUUAGAAUGAAUAAAAUAUAGAAAUAAAAAGUUGUCAUCGAGCAUUACUAGGCUGAGUUUAGGGAGAACUUCUUUGCUGUGACAUAGAGGGUUUAUUUCCAAAUAAGAGGAAAGGCGGGAAAGUGCCCAGAUUUGUACCUGGUGAAGGCCAGCCUUCAGUGGGUAUGCUUUCUGAUGGUGAAAUUGAUCUAUGGAAAUGCCAUAUUCUUUGAAGUACUUAGACACCAAUGAGAGGCAGUUCUGGACAAGGCAUCAAAACAGAGACCAGACUUGGCCACAGACUCAGUGCACCUGAAACAAGCCAACGAGUUUCCCCUGCAGACACCUUGUCGGCAACUUUGUGCAUCUCUGCUGGAGAAAGAGCUGAGGCCUUAGCCAGCCUGCACUUACCCACAGUCAUGAUCACGUGUCAAGAAGUUGCAAAGAGAGCCGAGGGAAAGCACUAUGAGAUAUGGUCAUCAUUGUCAGUGAAAAACUGUUUUUCUUGAAAAGAGGCUUGGAAAUAACUGCAAAUUGGGAGAAUUCCUACAAACACACCAAGCAUCUGUAAUCUAGUGUAUCCGUGUUAUGUUCUUUUACUAUUCCUGAUAGUCUGUUCUUCUACCCUGCUGUCUGGUGACUUUUCUGAGGACCGAGUUUCAGCAGCAAAGCGGGGCACUCCGUCAUGAGGAAGAAGCAUCGGGCCUUGCUCUUGCAGGCGUUGGGGGAUGAUGUGUCUUGUUGAGGGGUGAAUAACAAACGGAUUUAAUUCCUGCUUAAAACAAUCAUUGUAUUCCAAAAUAGAAUACGAAAAAUUCCUCUGUAAUAGAAAAAGAAAUGUGACUCCAACUGUAUAUUUUCUUUUCUUUAUUUAUUCUCUGUAAGUCUGUCAGAUGAUAAAUUGUAAAUAACAAUGAUUAAAGAGUCGUGCUACUGAUGGA